AUGCAAGCAGUUACGAAGGAUAUCGGAAUUAAUCACAUUCUCUCAACACCUUUUCGUCCUCAAACAAAUGGAACAAUUGAAAGGUUUAAUGCGACAAUUAAGACACAAUUAUGUAAAUUACAAGAUUUGAAUCGUAAUAAUUGGGAUCAAUAUUUGUCACCAACUUUUUAUGCUUACAAUAUCGGUCAACGUCGAACAACUAAGUAUUCACCAUAUCAGUUAUUAUAUGGAAAAUACUCUACUUUACCACUUGCUCAAUCACAAUAUAUGUUACAAUUCAUAAGAUCAAAUGAUUAUUAUAAUCAAUUGCGUCAAUACCGUUCAUUUAUUAUCCAACAAGCUCACAGGAACAUUCAAGAACAACAGCAACUGAGUAAGAAAGGUUAUGAUAAACAUCGACAACAUAUACAUUAUGAAAUAGGACAAUUGGUAUUAUCAAAGCCAGCUGUACGAAAUAAUAAACUGCAAUCAGUAUUCGAAGGAGCAUACCAUGUGACUAACGUCCUUGGAUCAGCUACAUAUGAAAUUCAAUUAGAACAUUCAAAUUAUAUUAGACAAGUACAUGUGAAUAUAAUGAAACCAAUCUUUACACCACAAGAUGAAAUGAUGAUCUUUAUUUUACUUCGACAAGUUUACUUUGGUUUCAACGAAAUAACAGGAAAUAAACGGAUUUUACCUUAUGAAUGA